AUGAAAACGGUUGAUGACCAUGACAAUACACAUCUCCCUCUUUCCAAUCUAUCCCACAACGAAGUUCAACAUCUCCCUCUUGAAAUGAUUUAUUCAAUCAUUGAAUUUCUUCCCUUACGAUGGUUGUUGAGUGAUACAAUAUUAAUACUAUUUAAACGGCUCUUCCGAUUCGAGAUCAAUCAUUUAAUUACCAUUCCAAAUGAUGAUGCUUCAACGAUCGAUCCACAAUUACAGAGCGAUGACACGAGUGACAAACUUUGUCAACUGUAUUUCAACUUGGUUCUACAAAGAUUCAAUGAAUCCAAAGUAUUACCAAUCAUUUACGAGAUAUUUCAUACCAUUCUUUCUCAUCCACACCGUCGUAAGCUAGUAUUAUUUUGGCCGUAUUCAGAUGAUGGAUUAAGAGUGUUAAAGUGCAUUCUUGGACUUUCCAAUGAUCAUGAACAGCCUUUCACAACAUUAUUUUCCAAAAAGUUACAAAAUCCUUGCUCCAAAGAUUUUACCCAAAAGAGCGAACGAAAUGGUAUGGAAAUAGAUGAGGAAAAACUGAUAUGGAAGUAUUAUGUGAAUACCACAAGUGCAUGUACAACGACGCUCACUCUUUUCGAUCUCAAAUAUUUGUAUCAAUUCAUGACACGCUAUGUUGUGAUUCUUUUAAAUGCUUCUUCUUUAUUAGAACAAGAUUCAAAUACAACACAGUCAUGUUUACGAUCAUUACAAGAAAACAUUUUCACACCCUUUCGUGUAUCAAGUAUUGAUUUUGAUUGGAUUUAUUGCAAUGAUCCUUUAUCUCAGUCUAGUAUUGUGAGAGAUAUUGUUUUGAAAUAUCAACAACAACAUCAUUAUGAUAGGCCAACAUCCAUAACGCCGAAGGUUCGAAUCAAGGGUACUUUAAUUCUUCGAAAUGGAAAAAUUCAAUUACUCGAUUCAAAGCUUGUACCACUCCCAACGAUAUCGACAAACAGAGAUGAUGAAUCGAUAACAAAUUCUCAAACAACACAUCUUGCAACAGAUAUUCAAAAAGAGAGAUGUACAAGUCACACUUUAACGAUACCUCCAUACCAAUGUAUUCCCUUAUUAAGAUUUCUAAUGAGAACAACACACCAUCGUGAUGAUAGAACACUCUUAACAGAACUCUUUCUUCAACAAUAUUGGUUCCCAUUACUGAAUGAUGAAAAUGGUGAAAUGGAAUGCAUUUUUCAACAUCGAAAUGACAAGUUUUAUUUCUAUGAGUUGAUUGCCAUGUACUCUCAACAAGAGACUGAUUUUUAUACUCAAUAUGAAAUUGAUUCGAUUCAACAAAUUCAUGUUUCUUUGAAUCCAAGCAAGCAACAAAUUCGUUUCAGAAUUUAUCCAAAGAAUAUUAUUGGACUAGGUCUGAACGUUGGUGCUAUGAGUCUUGUAUUAUAUUUGGCAUUAAGAUUUAAUUGUUUAUUUAAUUGGAGAUUCUCAAGAAAAUUUCUGCCUGAGAUUUCAUGGCGAGGAAUGGUAUUGAUGGGAUUUUUGGAUAUGACUUCAGGUGUGUUUGGAUAUGCUGCGAAAGCAUUGUUGACCUAUAGCUGGGGAUGUUUCAUUCCUCAACACUUGACCUAUUUUGAGAGUUGGGCUUACUACUUGUUUGUCAUUUAUGGUAUUCAUAUUGGACAGUCUGCUCUGUUUAGACGUUACCGAUACAAGCAAGUCGAAAUUCCAAUGAAAAUCGUUGAGACUAAUUUGAAUUAA